CAUGGCGGGCAACGGACAGCAAGACUUCAACCGGAGUGCGUUGACGCUCGAUCGCGGACGGGUAAUCGUUGCUCAGUGCUUUUGAUUGUUGAGACUAAUGUGUGUCAUGAUGCGUAUAAAUCGGUAUCGUCGAGUUCGUACACCUCCGGCUGUGUUUUGUCGCUUUUUUUACCGGCGAGGCAAGCAAGCGCGCGUGCUAACUUGGCGGAAGAAAGAAAAGCGUGGGAAAAAGCAAAGAGUGCAGCUAAAGAGAGCCUGGUACACCGGUCAAAGGGCGGAGAAGAUCCCUAACGGAUUGGUUGGAGUGGUGGGUCACAAUUGCCUCGGACUUGAUCUCUCUUAUAACGAACUAACCACUGUUUCCUCGGUGAAGAAUUUUGAGCAACUUCAAGAACUGAUUCUGGACAAUAACCAACUUAGCGAUCUCAAAACGCUGCCGCGCAUGUUGACUUUGACCACGCUGAGCUUGAAUAACAACAAGAUAUCCAACAUCGACGGAGCCCUCGACAAAAUACAGGAAUGCUGUCCCAAUGUGGAAUACGUGAGUCUUCUGGGCAAUCCAGGCUGUCCCGAUCAGCUGACCAAUCCGAUGUCCACCGAUGAAGAUGAUUAUGAGCGUUAUAGGCUCUACGCGAUCCACGUCUUACCUGCAAGUCUGCGCUUCCUAGAUUCUAGGGAAAUUACUCAAGAGGAAAGACUGAACGCUGAGGCACGUGGCAAAUACUCGAGGACAGUAAAAUUGGUGCCGGAGCUGAUUCGCAAGCAACCCAGCUCAACGGCCGCCAAUGAGUUUGACGAUCUGUACUUCAAUAUCCAUUAUACACCUUUGCCGAAUGCGAUGCGUAAGCCUCAGGAUCACAAAGGUGCGUACGGCAAGUGCAAAUACCGAUAUUCCGGCAAAAAUUCCGAGGGCAACCGAUUCAUCUCAAACAAUGAUCUCUAAACGAGAAUCGCCGAACUUGCUUUUAAACGAGGCCUUAAAACAUCGAGAAACUAUACGCAAAACUAUUGUCUAGUCAGGUAUGAUUAACAAUUAAGAAUUAAGCAACAAACAAUUAACAAUUAAGCACAAAGAAGAUCUCUCUUUCUGAGAUAUCAUCAAGUAUAAUGAAGAUCAUCAAGUAGAAUGAAGGUCGUCAAUGAUUUGCAAGUAGUAUUAUCGACGUGGAAACAUCUCUGAGGAUCAUGUCAUGAUAAUUGUAUCAUUGAAUUUUUAAUAAUUUGUAUAAAAUAAGUGAUCGAACCUCCAAAUGCCACUCUUUGUAAUAAUUUUAUACACUAAAUGUAAGAUAACUUUAUACAUUUUCUAAUAAUAUUCUGUAUAAUCGAAAUAUCACUCAAUCAUUUUUCGGGCAAACUUCCCGAUUAUUAAAUUUACGUUGCAAUAAUUUAUAAUUGUUUGUAUUUUUCUCCCUUUGAAGAGGCGUAUC